AUGCCGCUGUUUGGUAAAUCCCACAAGACUCCGGUGGAGAUUGUCAAGACCCUCAAGGAGAACUUGGCGGUGCUUGUUAAACAGGAGAAGAAGACUGAAAAGGCAUCUGAGGAGGUCUCAAAGUGUCUAGUGUCCAUGAAGGAGAUUCUAUAUGGGAGCAAUGAUAAGGAACCGCACACGGAGACGGUGGCCCAAUUGGCCCAGGAGCUCUACAACAGCGGCCUGUUGAUCACACUGGUGGAGAACCUGCAGGUUAUUGAUUUUGAGGGCAAGAAGGAUGUGUGUCAGAUCUUUAACAACAUCUUGAGGAGGCAAAUCGGAACCAGGAGCCCCACUGUAGAGUACUUUUGUUCCCAUCAAGAGGUUCUAUUCAUCCUGUUAAACGGGUAUGAGGCACCCCUAGUGGCACUCAACUGUGGGAUCAUGCUGAGGGAGUGCAUCCGUCACGAGCCGCUUGCCAAGGUUGUUCUGUAUUCAGAUCAUUUCCACAAUUUCUUCACCUAUGUUGAAAUGUCCACCUUCGACAUCGCCUCGGAUGCCUUUGCCACAUUCAAGGAUCUCCUGACGAGGCACAAAGUGCUAGUAGCAGAGUAUCUUGAACAAAACUAUGAUGCGGUAUUUACAGACUACGAGAAGCUUCUGCACUCUGAGAACUACGUCACCAAGAGGCAGUCGCUCAAGCUUUUAGGCGAGCUACUUCUGGACCGACACAACUUCACAGUGAUGACACGCUACAUCAGCAAGCCAGAGAAUCUCAAAAUGAUGAUGAACCUGCUAAGGGACAAGAGUGCCAACAUCCAGUUUGAGGCCUUCCAUGUCUUCAAGGUGUUUGUGGCCAACCCCAACAAGACGCAGCCAAUUAUCGACAUCCUCCUCAAGAAUCAGACCAAAUUGAUCGACUUCCUGAGCAACUUCCACAAGGACCGCACGGACGACGAGCAGUUCAACGAUGAGAAAACUUAUCUAAUCAAACAGAUCCGGGAUCUAAAGAAACCAGCAGAGAAUUCUGCCACUCCGUCCUCUAAUUCAACUCUGUACCAAUAG